UAAGGAAAUAGGAGUUGCAACUGCCCAGCACUGGCAGUAUGGCUGCUCAGUUACUCCGAACGCAGUGCAACCCAAUUCUAUAAUUAAGUAUUUAGCUGUUGAGCCUAAUGCUCGCCUGUGGCAGCGCUUGCCUGCGAGAGUGUGGAACUGCGCGCUCCCAGCCUGUCUGUUGAUGCGAUGCGCUGCAAAAGCCCUCAGUGAGAACUGCUCGGCAGUUCGGUACACUGCCUCCGCUCCGCGUGCAGCUUUAAGAAACAGAGUCUGCGCAAUGGGGUCCCGAGUUUAGUGGUUGGUCUGCGGUGAAAAUUAACCAGAAAAAAAAACAUAAGAGAGAAUAAAGGAGAAUCAUUCUACCAAGGAAUAAAGAUCUGACCCAGGACUUGAGACUGGAAAAACGAGGCAGACUGAGGGGGGAAUUUGGGGAGAGUCAUGGCGGGGGUGGGAGUGAAGAGGAGGAAAGCGGGUCUCCCUGGUUUCUGCUGGAAAACCUGCUAUUUUCAUAUUUUAUUCUGGGUUGUCUCGGUCUGUGGUGAAGAGAAGACCUUCAUCGUUGAGACGUGGUUGAAGAACUAUGGCUACCUGCUCCCCCAUGACAUCCGGACAUCGGACUUGCGGUCGGAGAAAGCCAUGCAGUCUGCGGUCGCUGCCAUGCAGCGGUUCUACGGAAUCCCAGUCACAGGGGUGCUGGAUCAAACCACCAUCGAGUGGAUGAGAAAACCUCGCUGUGGGGUCCCCGACCAUCCCCGCAUCAGUCGCCGGAGGCGGAACAAACGCUAUGCUCUCACAGGCCAGAAGUGGAGACAGAAACACAUCACGUACAGCAUACACAACUUCACACCCAAAGUAGGGGAGAAGGACACACAGAAAGCCAUUCGCCAGGCCUUUGACGUGUGGCAGACGGUUACGCCGCUGACAUUCGAGGAGAUCCCCUACUCGGAGAUCAAGAACGAGAGGAAGGAGGCUGACAUCAUGAUCUUCUUCGCCUCGGGGUUCCAUGGCGACAGCUCUCCUUUUGAUGGUGAAGGAGGUUUCUUGGCCCACGCCUAUUUUCCUGGCCCUGGAAUCGGAGGAGAUACACAUUUCGACUCAGAUGAACCCUGGACAUUGGGGAAUGCCAAUCACGAUGGGAAUGACCUAUUCCUGGUGGCAGUUCAUGAGCUGGGCCACGCCCUGGGUCUGGAACACUCCAAUGACCCAAGUGCCAUCAUGGCUCCCUUCUACCAGUAUAUGGACACGCACAACUUCAAGCUGCCCCUCGAUGACCUUCAGGGCAUCCAAAAAAUAUAUGGCAUACCCACUGCAAUGUUGGAGCCCACCAGGCCUCUGCCCACACUUCCCAGCCGCCGGACGCACUCCACCUCCGAGAGGAAACAUGACAGGCAGUCCCGCCCACCACGCCCACCCUCCGGGGACAAGCCCUCCUCUCCUGGGACCGGCAAGCCCAACAUAUGCGACGGGAACUUCAACACUGUGGCCUUCUUCAGGCGGGAGAUGUUUGUGUUCAAGGAUCGUUGGUUCUGGCGCCUGCGCAAUAACAAGGUGCAGGAGGGCUACCCGAUGCAAAUCGAACAGUUCUGGAAAGGCCUUCCCCCUCGGAUCGAUGCUGCUUAUGAGAGAUCGGAUGGGAAGUUUGUCUUCUUCAAAGGUGAUAAGUACUGGGUAUUCAAGGAGGUGACGGCAGAGCCAGGAUACCCGCAUAGCCUGGUGGACCUUGGGAAUUGCCUGCCACGUGACGGCAUCGACACCGCUUUGCGCUGGGAGCCAGUGGGCAAGACGUACUUCUUCAAGGGGGACCAGUACUGGCGCUACAACGAGGAGAAGCGUGCCGCCGAUCCUGGGUACCCCAAACCCAUCACCGUCUGGAAGGGCAUACCCGAGGCCCCGCAAGGAGCCUUCGUCAGCAGGGAAGGCUUCUAUACCUACUUCUACAAAGGCAAGGAUUAUUGGAAGUUUGACAACCAGAAGCUGAACGUGGAGCCUGGCUACCCCAAGUCGAUCCUGAAGGACUGGAUGGGCUGUGACCAGUCUGAGGUGGAGAAGAACAAGGACCGGCAGCUCCCGCACGACGACGUGGACAUCAUGGUGACCAUCAACGACGUGCCCAGCACCGUCAACGCCAUCGCCGUGGUGAUCCCCUGCAUCCUGUCGCUGUGCAUUCUGGUCCUGGUCUACACCAUCUUUCAGUUCAAGAACAAAGGCGUGCAGCAGAACGUCACCUACUACAAACACCCAGUGCAGGAGUGGGUAUGACAGGCUUCGGCCCGCUGCCGACUGCAGAGACUGUCCAGAGGGCUACAAAAAAAUAAAAACAGCUGGAGCACCGUGUGACCAGUGCCUGCCUUGCACAACCUUAGCGUGAUGGGGGGGAGGUGUCAUUCUAGAGAAUCCGCCCCCCCCCCCCCUCCGCAAGAGAACCUAACGAUCAUUUGAGAAAUGUGUAUGUUAUUUAGCAUGAGCCGAAGCACAAAACCGGCCGGGAGGCCCUUGACUUGGAGAAAGCGAGAGUGUCCUCCCUUUCCUCUGGCCUUACGCGCCUUGUGUCCACUCUUUUAUCGGGCUGUUUCGCUCAAGUCUGUUUUCCACGCCAACGUCCGUGAGACUCCCAGCAAGC